AGUAACGGCCCUUUAUUUGUUUUCAGCUCUCUCUACCCCAAGAAGUUGCCGCCAAUGCCCUUCAUAUUUUUGAAGUGAGCUCGCAGUUUUUAGUCGAGCAACAUUUACACUAUGCGUUAGAACUUGCCGUUCAAGCGAUUCCUAUUCCACAGCAAAACUCAUCUCCGCCAGUAGUAAACUUUUUCAAAAUUGUAAAGCAAGUUUCAAGCAUGGUCCACCUUGUAGAGAGGCAGUUCAACAGCUGUCUAAUACCACUCACAUACCCAACCAAACACAAUGAUUGUUUUGUCAAGAAAAAGUAUUUAUUAGAACAAUUGGAAGCCAAACUUUAUGUAGGAUUGGAUAGGUCAAUCAAUGCAAUUGUUGGUUGGAUAAAAAUCUAUUUGCAAAACGAGCAGAAGAAAACAGAUUUCAAGCCGGAAGGAGAUGUGGAUAUCCUAGCAUCGCAUGCAUGUAGAACUGUGGUCCAAUAUUUGAAUUCAUGCAUGAAACAGAUCAAAUCUUGCAUUGAUGGAAAAAACGGAGAAAAUGUUUUGGAAGAACUGGGUGUCCGUUUGCACGGGAUCAUCUAUGAACAUUUAUUACAAUUUUCCUAUAACUCAGCUGGUAUGUUAAUUUGUUUCUUUAUUAGUCCUGUUCAGUGA